ACCUUCACCUUCUCCUCCCCACAUCACACUUCCCCCUUCCUCCAAUCACACCUCCCCAAAUUUCAAUGGGUCCCUCCGCCCUAUUCUCCUCGCAAUCGCCGCCGCUGCCGCCUCUCUGUUUCUCCUCAAGUAUAUCUAAAUUCACCACAAAUUACCUCCCAGUCCCACCACAAUGUAAGCUCCCCACCGCCGUAUCCGCCUCCAUGGCCGCGGCGUCGCCUCCCACGUGCCUAGGGUUCAAAAAUUUAAUGGAAACGUUCGCCGUCGACGUGCAGAGAGCGGAAGGGAGGCCGCUGAACGUGCCGCUGAAAUCGCCGUUCACAAUUGCAUCGUCGAGGAUCGAAGGAGUGGAGAACGUGGCGAUCCGAAUCGAAUUGAGUAACGGGUGCGUGGGCUGGGGCGAGUCACCUGUUCUCCCGCACGUGACCGCAGAGGAUCAGACCACCGCUUUGGCUAAAGCUGCAGAUGCAUGCCUCUUUCUCAAACACAGUUCCGGCAAGACAUUGGGCCUCCUCUUGAAUCAGAUCAAUGACUUGCUUCCCGGCCAUUCCUUUGCUUCUGUUAGAGCAGGAAUCGAGAUGGCGUUGAUUGACGCAGUUGCAAAUAGCAUUGGGAUACCUCUUUGGAGACUUGCCGGUGGAGUUUCAAACGAAAUUACGACAGAUAUAACAAUUCCAAUAGUUUCCCCGAAUGAAGCUGCUGAGCUGGCUUCGAAAUAUCGCGCUCAAGGGUUCGAGACUUUAAAGCUUAAAGUAGGGAAGAAUUUGAAUGUCGACAUACAAGUUCUUCAAGCUAUAAGGAAUGUUCACCCUCAUUGCUCGUUUAUAUUAGAUGCUAAUGAAGGUUAUAGCUCCGACGAAGCCAUUCAAGUCUUGCAAAAAUUACACGAAAUGGAGGUGACACCUAUUCUCUUCGAGCAACCAGUACACAGAGACGAUUGGAAAGGUCUCGGUCACGUCAGCGAUGUCGCGAAAAACAAAUACGGAGUAUCAGUUGCUGCAGAUGAAAGCUGUCGUAGUUUAGAAGAUGCAAAGAGAAUAGUCAACGAAAACCUUGCGCAUGUAAUAAAUAUCAAGCUCGCCAAAAUGGGAGUACUCGGUUCUCUCGAAAUAAUCGAUUUAGCCAGGUCAUCAGGUCUGGAUUUGAUGAUCGGUGGUAUGGUCGAAACUAGACUUGCUAUGGGCUUUGCUGGUCACUUAGCCGCUGGACUCGGCUGUUUCAAAUUCAUCGAUCUGGACACUCCUAUUUUACUGGCAGAGGAUCCAGUUCUCGAGGGUUAUGAAGUUUCUGGUCCAGUCUACAAGUUUACAAAUGCAAGAGGUCACGGCGGUUUUCUACAUUGGGAUAAUAUUGCGUGAUCAGAAUAGCUCACUCUCUUCUCUUGAGAUUUCAGUUUGAUGGAUGAAUUUGGCUGGAGGACACCUGGCAAUUAAUGGAUGUUUUACUUUUAUUGUAUUUGAAGAUGUAAUAAAUUAAAAUAGGUUAGUUAUUGGAUGGAUUAUUUCAUGCCAUGUUGCAGUUUCAAUUGCUGGGGAUUUGUAAUAAUGAGUUAUAUUUGUUCAGAUAAAUUGCAGUCAUCGCUAUUUAAUGAUGGAUCAUUGUUCUUCAUUA